CUCUCUCUCUAUAUAAACUCUCUCUCCUUUGCUUUCUUCCUUUUACUUCACUUAUAAAAAAUUUCCCCUCUUUUUUUUUUUGUCUCUUUCUUUCUUUCAGCGAUCUUUCAAUCAGCCAUGGUCGACCUUCAAACCGUUUGCUGCAUGUGCGGUGACGUUGGUUUCCCCGACAAGCUUUUCCGCUGCAACAAAUGCCGCCACCGGUUCCAACACUCGUAUUGUAGUAACUACUAUGGGGAAUUAUCGGAGAUAGAGCUAUGCGAUUGGUGCCAAAGCGAGGGAAGAAAUUACUCGAGAUCACAUAGCUCCAAUUCGAAGAAAUUAGCGGUGGCCGGAAACGACGCCGGAACCACGACCCGUUCGGAAUAUUCCGGCGAGAAAAUCAAGCACCAUGAUCGUGAUCAAGAGAUGAGUGGUUCUUCGGAGAAGGGGAAGAGCCCCGUGCCUUCGCCGAGAACCUCCACGCGCAGGUAUAAGCUUCUCAAGGAUGUAAUGUGUUAAAAAGAGGAAAAAGAAACAACAACAACGACAACGAAUCCUUAACCAAGAAGAGAAAACGAGUAUAUAUACUAUAUAGUAGUGUUAAUUAGACGUGUCAAAAGGGUUAUUUUUGUACGUUUAUAUAUAUAGUAGUAGCUUUGUAAAGACUUUGCUUAUGCGUGUUCUUCUUGUUUUGUUAAUUUUGAGUGUCCCUUUUCAUCAAGUUGUGAAUAGAAGAUCGAACUAUGAAACUUCAAGUGUUCACUGUA